AUGUUUAAGCGAGUAUUAUUUAUUUUGAACUUAUGUUCGAUUACUUUGUCUUGGUAUUCGUGCCCGUUUAAUGAUGGAUCAUUCAAUAAAACAAUCGUAGACAAGGUCAUAAUCCAAGCUGAAUGCACGUAUUUGACUAGUCCACUUGAAUGGGGUGAAUUUAAUCCAAAUACGUUUGAUGGUUUGUACUAUAAUUCAACAAAAUCGAUUCCACUCACUGAUCUGCACAUGAAACGCUUGUUUUUACUAAAUUUACCGCCACGAAAUACUUCAACAGUGAAACAUAUAAUCAACUAUUGGCUUCUCGAUGGUGCUGGCGGUUCUCAAUUUUUAAUGGAAUCAUUUGGAAUAUCUAUGUUGAAACAAAUUAUUUUGAAUCAUUACCAUGAGAAGUAUCAUCAGGCGCAUCCAAUUAUGUAUUUAUUUCAGUACAGAGGAGCGGGAUUAAGUAAACCAUCGAUUCACUGUCAUACGGCGACAACUUGGAUUGAUUAUGCACAAGAACUAAUUCAAACCACAAUGCCAACAUCAGUGAAUGAAUCAUUGAGAAUAAUUCAUGCAAUGUCAAAUCAAAAUAUUGCUCAAGAUUUACAAUACCAAAUUCAAUAUUCAAUUAAUCAAUCACAAACGAUAUGUCCAACAUCAACUUAUAUAUAUGGGCUAAGUCAAGGUACAGGUAUUAUUCAAUAUUAUCUAUCAAUUCAAUCGAUCAAUGUUCAAUUACAACAAAUCAACGGAAUAAUUCUCGACGGGGUUUUGUCAAUAACAAAGGGCGAUAUGUUUGAAAAUCAAAUAAAAUCGGUAAGCAAUCGAUUUUAUAUGUACCUAUCAAAAUGUCAAAAUAAUAUUCAAUGUUUGAAAGCCUUCAAUCUUGUUACUGGUACCAAUCAAGAUAUUAUAGGUGUAACAUUAACAUUGCAAAUGCUCUUUUUGACAAAUAUGACUAAUCCUCUCUGUACGACUAACUUGGGAUUGAAUAGUUGGAUGUUAUUUUCUCUGGUUGCCAGUCAAGGCAUCGAACUUAUUACUACUCGGCCUCUUGCCGCCAUUCUCAUUGCUCGUGUAUAUCGUUGUUCUACGGAAGAUCAACGAUUUUUAUCUCAUGGGUUGCCAAUUUUGAUUGCAAUGGCUCAACAAUCCUUCUUUCCACAAUUGAUCGAUCCACCCUCUAGGUAUCCAGCUGAUGGCAUGGUUAUAAGCAUUGUAACAGUGUGGAGUGACUUUGUUGGCUUCACUUUGGAGGAAAGUGUCAAAACAAAUCCGAAUUUUUACAAUGAUUUUUGCAUUAAUGUCGAUGUUGCCAAUGCAUUUUCGUUGGCACCACUUGGUCCAAUGCCAAUUUGUCGUGAAACACAAAUAUCAAAAUAUAAUUAUUCUGUACCGUCAGUAUUUCGAGAUAUUUUGCAUUAA